GAGUGCUCUUAUAUCUCCAUACGUAUUGGACCGAUAAACGUGGACUGGAAGCCAAACUGUAUUUUGUUUGGAAACAUAAUUGGAACAAAACAGCCAUCAAAUUGCAACGCUCCUGCUAUAUCUCUGUAACAACAAAGGGUUUCACGUCGGACGGGGAAUAUAGAGACUGAUAUACACGCUAGCUGGUUUAUAUCUCCUGGGAUUCGCUAGAACAAGGCUCGUCGACUGCCUAUCAUCGUCUGUAAUUCCUCUACGAUCUAAACGUUCUAUUGGCUGUGGAACUCGGCCACCAUACCGCUGACAUUUGAUGAAAGACUUGUCGGCAAUUUUGACAGAACUGUUUAUAUUCGCUCUUGAACGACACAAAGUUUUGAACGAGUUGUAAAAAGAGCUCCGAGUUAAAAGUGUUUCUAUCGAAAUAUGAUUUAAAACCAAGAAAUUAGACUAUUGAAUUGUUCCGUCAACUAACGGUUCUAGGACAGUUUGUAUAAACUUGUAUUUUAUCUGGAAACAGGUUGGAGACUAUGAUUAGGCGGGCAGUGUAUAAAUAACGGUUUAGGGAUUAUUAUUACUGAAGAAAGUGUGUUAUUUUUUGGAGAGUGCAAAUUGGGAGACAUUGCGUUAAGCCUUGGACUGUACGAGCCCAAAGAAGAUUGUAAAGUUAAACAUUUGAUGGAUUAGGGUGUGGCGCUUAAGUGGAGACUACAUGUAAACCUACGAAGGAGUUUGAAAACAUACAUUACACUGAUGGCACGCGAGUGUACGCCGUAGAUACCACCAUACAUGUGGCUUUUUUUAGAGCUGAUAUAGAAUAUAUAAUAUCCUUUCUAUAACUGACAAACUCGCAUCGCUCGUGACAGACCGCUGAAACAAAUGUGUCGUACUUGUGAGUGGUAUAUAUUUGUUCAGCUUCAGAAAUGGUGAAAGUGGUUUUGAUAAGAAUAGCACAGCACAGGUGGGCUUCUUUGCAAGACUACUUAAUCACUUCGUCUGGUAUUCCGUCAGAAAUUGGUAAACAAAGCGUUAAGGAACCGUGGCUGCUGUGUACCACGGAUACAUCUGUCAUCAAAUAGGUAACUAACGAACCAAAUAUUCGGAAUAACAGUACCGGUCACUGAGACAAGGUCAAGCUGUUACAUUGCAUCUAUUAGUAAUAUCAGUGUGAAGGAGUGUGUGGAACUCCAGUGUUCUAUACAGGUAGAUCUAAAGCAUACAAAGUUUAUCUACGUAACGACGUGAUCUUCGAUGGAUACCGAUAAAGAAAGGAAUUGUAUAUUUUCCUGGUUACUUUCAAAUGAACCGUAUUGAUUGUAAAAGAUUUCUCAUGGGAACUUCUCGAUAUGACAUGUACUGAAUCGUUUUGAAAUCCAUCAUCAGUUUUCAUAUAUAAAGGAAAAGUUUAAAACAUCAAUUAUAUUACAGAUGAAAUUAUCGGGGAAAAGCAGAAGCAGUAACAUCAUAAUAUUUUGAUUUUUUGCUUAAGUUAUUAAAAAUGUGUGUAAAUUUCGUUGGAAACAUAGUGAAGCUACGAAAGAUGAUGUUCCGAACAAUUGUACUCGUAGAAACAAAACUGGAAUGCUUAAACGUAAAUGGGAAAUUCCGAUCAAUAUCUCGGUUGAGCUGAUUAUUACUUUCUUGACGUAUACAGGAGAAAAAAGAUCAAAUUCGAGUUAUAUAUUCUAUUUAUCGCGAUAGAGGGGAAAACAGUUAACAGUUAAAACAUGACAGUGGAUAAUGUCACCGAACUAACGUCCUUGGAGACCGAAUUUUCCUGGAAUGCGUUAAACAGUGACGUAGAUAGAAGUCUUCUUCCGGUGACGGUAAUUCUGGGAUUUUAUCUUCUUGUAGGAGUAAUUGGAAACUUUCUCGUCGUGUUUAUUUAUGUGUUCAGAUGGGAAGCUCCGAAAACUGACCACUUUUUCGUUCCGAUAUUAGCUGUGCUGGAUAUGUCUGCAUGUCUAGUUUCUGCUGGAGUUGGGAUUUAUGCAAACAUGAACAUAGUGAAAUUUCGUAGUGACGUUUUGUGUAAAACUGUAGCCUUUCUGGGCAUAUUUUUCGUUAAGAUGUCUGGGGAUCUGUUGUCCAUAAUAGCUUUCGAUCGAUAUUUGAAAAUCAAUAAGCCUUUUGAUGACCAAAUGUCAUUUCGAUGGAAGAAAAUCUCUGUGGUCAUUAUGAGCAUAACGGGUCUACUUAUGGCCAUACCGUCGUUGUUUACGUACGGAACUAUACCACUACAGCACCCCGGUACAGGAGACAGGGGCUGUCUUUGUGCCAACAGCAACACCCCGCACCAUAAUCACAUUUCUUUGGAGUGGAGUCUCAAAGUUUGUUAUCAAUUUGUCAUGUUAGUCGACGUUCUCGCUCGGUUUGUAGGACUGGUUAUAUGUUAUUUUCAUAUUGGGAAACAGUUGUAUAAACACUCGAAAACACGCAUACAGCGAAGGUUACAACAAGGACAGAAUACUUUGACCAGACCGAGUUGUGUUAAUGAACAGGACGAGGAACCACGGCAGGAGCGUGAUUCACUCGUAACAAACGGAAAUAUAACAAGGGAGACAACUCCAUUGCCGUUAGUUCGACUCUCCCGCCAGAGCAGCAAAUUUGAUUGUCAAAGAGUACGUCUCACUCUGAUUUUUAUGCUUAUAACUGUGAUAUAUAUUAUUACCAUGGGACCAAAACUGGUAAUAAUGAUAGCAGACGCCGUUCAAGAACGUUUCUGGACAAUUGAACCAACUCCAAAACUUGGGAUAAUGAGAUUUCUAUAUACUUUGUUUAUUUUAAAUAACGUAGUUAAUCCGUUUAUAUACGGAUUCUUUGAUAGAAGAUUCAGACGUGAACUGUAUAGAUUAUUUACUUCUUGUCGAAACUAACAACUUUUACAUUUGUUUACCAUGUUAUUCAAUAAAUAUAACAUGUCAUAUAUAUUUUCGUAUGAAAUUGUAUUUCGAUACACACAUUUGAUGUGUCAUAACCACGUGGAGGUAGGUCAUGUUUUAUAUUAACUCGGUGUUGCUAUAUUUAGAAACAUCAGGUAAAUAUUCACUUUAUGACGUCAGUUUACUUGUAACUCCACAAUGCUCUCUACCAUAAACAGUUCAUUUCUCUUAAUACUUUGCCUACGCUACGUCCUUUUUAAUGAUAAAAGUUUCAUAAUUUUUAUAUCUAUAAUGACAAUUACAUGUAAGGACUUUUAUUUCGGUGAUAUGCGUUACAUGGACAUGAAAAGUGAUAUUGACCUCGGAUUCGUUUCGGUUCAUAACAAUUUCUCGGAUUCAUAUAAACGUAUAUUUACCUCAACAAAACUCCGUAACUGAUAUUUUUAGAAGAGCAUUACGUUAUGAUAUUCUUCUGCCAUGACAAAUAGAACACUAACCUUAAGCUUGUAACACGCAUUAUACAAUCUGAUGAUAUCGAAUCCCCGUUCUACGCAUCGCACCCUAGGUCACGUUCCAGUGACAUUUUCUUCUAGCCAAUCAGUGUUGGAAAGAAAGGUCAUCAGAAUGUGACCCCUGAUGCAGUAUGCUUGAUGAUCGGAAUCAGAUUGCGUACUUCCUGUCAUCCCAGAGAAAUAUAAAUGAAUAUUGGAUGGCUUAAAGCGAUAUCUAUUAAAUCAAUCAAUACAUACACAUUUACAAUUCUUGCCUCUUUUACAGUGAUCCCGAUGUCAUCAUUUAUUUCGUGAUAUUGACACUUCCGUUAUGCAGCCCUUUUGUAAAUAUAUCGACUAAAAUGUUGUGUGGCAGUAGUGUAUGUAUGUUGAAAUGUGUACGAGAGGGAGAGUAAGCGAUUGUUACGUACGGUUGUGUAUAUAUCUGUUGUUUCAUCAGGGGUUUUCUGUAAGGCUAUUGCCGUGGGUAGUAUGUAAUCUGUGCGCUGAUUGGUUGUGAAUGUGGUGAGUAAUAUUUAAUUGCUAUAAAUGCAGGUGUAUUACGCGUGUCAGGUAAACGUCUAUAUUGUUGUUUCAUUGACCAUACCAAAGCUUUUGACCUGAUCAAUAGACAGAGUUCAUGGUACAAGUUGAUCAAAGAAGGUAUUGAAGGUAAAAUGUUAAAUGUUAUUAGAUCACUUUAUAAAAAAGUAAGAUGCUGUGUAAAAAACAGCGGAGUAUGCUCUGAUUUUUUCGACUGUAAGAUUGGACUUUUUCAAGGAGAAAUGUUGUCACCUCUGUUAUUUUCAUUGUAUGUGAACGAUUUCGAAAUGCAAUUUAUAGAGGACAGCUGUCCUUCGAUCGACUUACAACUAAUUAACAUAUUUUUACUUAUGUAUGCUGAUGAUACAGUUAUCUUUGCCGAGACACCUCAAGGUUUUUAAAAGAUGCUAGACUCUUUGUUAAAUUACACUAUCAAGUAGGACCUUACUGUAAAUACUUCAAAGACCAAGAUUUUUGUUUUUAGAAAUGGGGGAAGAUUAAAAGAUAAUGAAAAAUGGGAAUACAAUGGGUCUGUGUUAGAGAUAGUGAAUGAAUUCAACUAUCUUGGAAUCUUAUUGAAUUAUAAUGGGAAAUUUAAACAAACACAGAAAAAAAUAUCUGAACAAGGAAGAAAAGCAUUGUUUGCAUUAUUGGGUGUAUGUAAAAAAACAGUAUUUUAAUAUUGAGACUCAAUUUGCAGUGUUUGAUACUUAUGUCAGUAGUAUAGUCAACUACGGAUCAGAAGUAUGGGGAUUCCAUAAAGGCCCCGACAUCGAAAAACUGCAUGUAGAUUUUUGUAAAAGGUUGCUAGGUGUGCGCAAACCACUCCGAAUAUGAUGGUAUAUUUCGAAUUAGGCCGUUAUCCAUUGCAUGUAACAAGGAAACUAAAAAUAUUUAAAUAUUGGUUUAAAUUGCUCAAUACCGAAAACUGUAUUUUGAAAUCCUGUUAUGAAAAUAUGCUGCUAAUCAAGGAUCCAUGGGUCUGUGAAAUAAAAGAUGAAUUGUAUCGUUUAGGCUUAGGAUAUAUCUGGGACGCACAGAAUGAAAACAAUUUCACUUAUUUAAUUAUUAAGGCAAGAUUGUUUGACAUUUUUAAUCAAGAGGGAUAUAGUUUAAUUACAGGUUUGUCUAAAGGUAUGCUUAACAGAGAAUUAAACAGUACAAUUUUACUACGAGCGUAUCUAACAAAAUCAGUUAAUAUCGGUUAUAUGAAAGAAAUUGCUCGACUUAGGCUGUCAGCUCACAAAUUAAACAUUGAAUCUGGACGUUAUGUUGGCACUGUUAGAGCUAAUAGAUUAUGUACAAA